GGCGUCCGGGCGGCGGGCUCGGGCGGCGGCGGCGGCUCGGCGGAGCAGCUGGACGCGAUGGUGAAGAAGGACAAGGUGGUGGUCUUCCUCAAGGGGACCCCGGAGCAGCCCCAGUGCGGCUUCAGCAACGCCGUGGUGCAGAUCCUGCGGCUGCACGGCGUCCGCGACUACGCGGCCUACAACGUGCUGGACGACCCCCAGCUCCGGCAAGGUCAGGGCCGCGGGGGGCGGGGCCCGGGGUGCAGGG